GGCGACCAGCCCCGGCUGCCCUUCACCCUGCGCCGCCCCAGUCCACCGCCGCGUUCGCCGGAGCGACGAUCUCGCGCCGCCGCCUCCUCCUCCUCCCCUAGAUUCCUGACCCGGCCACGCCGGCGGCGCUCCCCCUCCGCCGGAGGCUGGCAUGGCGUCCGGCCGCGGCGGGAUCCCCGGGCCCUCUCGCGCCCUCCUCGUCCUCCUCCUCCCGGCGUUGCUGAUGCUCCUGGCCUUCUCCACCUCCUCCUCCGCGGCGGCGUCGUCGCCGGGCGCGAUGCACAACAACAACUGGGCCGUGCUCGUCUGCACCUCACGCUUCUGGUUUAAUUAUCGACAUAUGGCAAAUACUCUGUCUCUGUACAGGACAGUUAAGAGAUUAGGAAUACCCGACGAGCGGAUCAUACUUAUGUUGGCGGAUGAUAUGGCUUGUAACCCUAGGAAUAACUAUCCUGCCCAAGUGUUCAAUAAUGAGAACCACCAGCUUAAUCUAUAUGGUGACAACGUUGAGGUUGAUUACCGAGGUUAUGAGGUGACAGUUGAAAACUUUUUGAGAGUUUUGACUGGAAGACAUGAAAGUGCUGUACCAAGAUCAAAGCGUCUUUUAAGUGAUGAAGGAAGCCAUAUUCUCUUGUAUAUGACAGGACAUGGUGGGGAUGAGUUUUUGAAGUUCCAAGAUUCUGAAGAACUUCAGAGCCAUGAUUUAGCAGAUGCAGUAAAGCAAAUGAAGGAGAAGCAUAGAUUUAAAGAGUUGUUGAUAAUGGUAGAUACAUGCCAAGCUGCCACUCUCUUUUCACAGCUUCAAUCACCUGGUGUUUUAACGAUUGGUAGCAGCAUGAAGGGUGAAAACUCUUAUUCUCAUCAUCUUGAUUCAGACAUUGGUGUUUCUGUUGUGGAUAGGUUUACCUUUUAUACACUUGCUUUCUUUGAGAAACUCAACAUGUAUAGCAAUGCCUCAUUGAACAGUCUUUUCAACUCCUAUAAUCCUUCUAUGCUGUUGUCGACUGCGUAUUAUCGGAUGGAUCUUUAUGAACGGCCAUUAAAUGAGGUCCCUGUGACAAAUUUCUUUGGAUCAGUCAUGAAUACUAUCCACACAGAUUCUGCCUACUCAGGCUUCUUAGCUGCAGAUGAUAUUGGAACCAUCCCAUCCACUGGAGAUAAUCUACUGAACCAUGCUGUGUUACAGAAUAAGGCUAGCCAAAGAAGAUCAAACAUUGAAGAAGUGAAAGAAGCACAAGUAAGGUCCCAUGGGUGGACAGAUGUUCUGCUGGAACAGCUUGAUGUCAAGAAUGCUGACACUAUUGUCAUGUAUGGUCUGGGAACAAUGGGUAUACUGUUAGCAAUUUCAACCUGGUUAUCAAUGUAGAAACAAAGAAGUAUGAAGUGUGCUGUUCACACAUCAUCCUCUUCUAGAUAAAUGAAUCAUCCUAACCCCUGGAUAGAGAUCAAAAAGGAAGAAACUUUGGAGGUUAACUCUUUGUAUAUUUUUUCUCUUUGGUAAUGUCCAUUCAGCUGGGACAUAAUUUUGUAUUUAGUUUUUGUAUGCCACGUUCAACUUUUUGUCAGGAUACUCAUUAUUUGCCAUUCUUUUCUAUUGAAUAAUUUUAUGCAUUUAUGUUACAAUUCUUGCAUAGCA